CUAUCCUCGACCUCAUCAAGGUCAAACUUCUCUCACCAGCCAUCGCUCGCUCGCAGUAAUAGCUAUCAUCUCCACUCGUAUUCUGGAAUCGUCUUCGUAGUCUAAUCCAGGCAAGCCAGGACGAUUCCUACUCCGUGUUCUCUCGACGACGAUCGCUUAUCCUUUUUCGUCCUCGUCCUGCUCCAUCUCGGACCACCUUUAGAUUAAAUCAGACUCGAAUCAUGCCCCGUACACUACCUUGGACGACGCUCGCCGCGUCCCUCCGGUCGAGCCGGACGAUCGCAUCCAGCUCUACCUCCAGUAUCAUCUCGGUCCGAACCACCCCGACCUCGACCUCGACGAUCCCAUCGUUCAUAACCCCCUCCCGGCUGAUCACCUUCCGAUCCCCUACAACCACAUCCCUCCUUUCCUCCAAAUCCCACACCUCCUCCCAUACGCCCUCCCCUAGCCUUAGCCUUCUCUCAUCAUCUCCAUCUCCUCUGUUGCAACAACUCCGCUUCAAAGCCUACGGAGCGGAAUACCAACCUUCUCAACGGAAGAGGAAGAGGAAACACGGGUUCUUGGCUAGGUUGAGGGGGGGGAGGUUGGGAUUGGGGAUGUUGACCCGGAGGAGAAAGGUCGGGAGGAGGUUUUUGAGCCAUUAGAACAGCACAUAGUUGUCAGAGAAAAGGGGAAGUAGCAGGAGAUGUAGGAUCGAUUAUGGUCCUCUGAAGUUCUAGGGGACGGAGAAGAGGAAGAGGGAUAUAAGAUCCGGACUCCUCCUGAAGACGAGGGAAAGGACGGUCGAACAAAGGUCUCAGAACCCAGCGUCGAAAUCAUCCCACCCCCCAAGGGUACAGACCGGGGCAGUUCGAAUUCUCGAGAAGGAAGAAAACGAGCCC